GAUCCUAUUGUGGACGAAGUUGCACUAUAAAUGGCGGGAGCCUUACCCGGUCGAAAGUUCACACACCCAAUCAUCUCUCUCGCUCUCCGUUGCGUUAAAAUCUCACUAUUAUUUAUCGAACUAAACUAAAAAUUUUCUCCAAAAACCCUCCAAAUUCCAAUCUUUAAAUUAAAACCCAACUUCCCCCAUUGUUCUCCAUCUCUUUCUCUUUUAUCAUUUGCGAUCUUUUCUUUUAAUUUUAUUCAGUUCUAGGGUUUGGUUUAUUUAUUUAAUUGAAAAUUGAAAAACCCUAGGUUUUUUUUUUCUUUUCCAUUUUUCUUUUUGGGUCUGCUUUUUGCAGAUAGAGAGAAAGUGAGAUAGUUGGUGUAGUGUCGGGCAUUCUGAUUCAAUGGAGGCAGCGGCCGCUGUUGCCGCCGCACGGGGCGGUGCGCUCCCAAUGUCGUCAUCGUCGCGUAAGGAGUGGCGUGCCGUUUCCGACCAUCACCUGGUUCGUAGCCAUGGGGAUGAAGUGGAAAUGGACAGAUCAAAGUUGGGACAGUCAGAUGAGAGAACCAUAUAUGAGGUGCAGCACGGAAGAGAGCCUGCUGAUGUUGACUUCUGCUCAAUCACGGCUGAUGAAAGUUUAGAUGAUGAUGUAUUACAACAGAGGAUCCACAAUAUUACUAGACAAAGAGAGGAGCUAUUGCAGAUGGAGGUUGAACUCCGAGCACAGGCAAUUGCAAGAUCAAGGGUCCUGGAAAUUCAGAGCAGCUGUGAUGCAAAAAUAACAGCCCAUGUCAAUGCUGUUGCCAAGCUUGAGGAGCAACUCGAUGAAAGAGAACAGACCAUACAUGAAUUCGAAAGGAAAAUGGAAGAGAAAGACAGAGAGUUGCAUGCCAUCAAAGUUGAUAAAGAAGAGGUCUGGGCAAAGGAAGAUCUUCUCAGAGAGCAAAACAAGGAACUGGCUACUUUCAGAAGAGAACGUGAUCAUUCAGAAGCUGAGAGAGCUCAACACAUAAAACAGAUACAUGAUCUUCAAGAGCAUGUUCAAGAGAAAGAGAGGCAGCUUAUUGACUUGCAGGAACAGUAUAGGGCUGCUCAGGAAGCCAUUCUUUAUAAGGAUGAACAGUUGAGAGAUGCCCAAACUUGGAUUUCUCGUGUCCAGGAGAUGGAUGCUUUGCAGUCAAGUACAAACCACUCCUUACAGGCUGAGUUGAGAGAACGUACAGAGCAAUAUAACCAGCUCUGGCAUGGAUGUCAGAGACAGUUUGCAGAGAUGGAGAGACUUCAUUUGCAUACAAUACAUCAACUUCAACUUGAGCUGGCUGAUGUGAGAGAGAGGAAUGGUUCUUAUACUGAUGAAUCACAUACGUCCCGAACAAAAUCAAAAGAUGUAUCUCAAUUUGGUCAAACUAAUGGGAAACAGGUGGAUUCUAAUGGAAGUGGUGCAACAAAUGCUAAUACUGGGAUUAUUUCAAAUGGGGCUUCAGACAAUGUCCAAACUUUUGUUUCACCUGGAAAUGCACCAAAUCCGAAUCAGAAUGACCAUGUUCCAAGUGUUCCAAUUGCUCCACUUGGGUUGCCUACAUACCUCCCACCUGGGCAGGUGUCUGCUCUGCAUUCAUUUAUCAUGCAUCAACAGGGAGCUCCCCAUUCUGUGACAUCUCAUGUUGGACACUACUCAAUGCCAGAUACAGCAUCCAUCCAACAGUGGCAGAACCAGCUGACUUCCCCAGAGGGUUUACAGCUGUCUGCAGAGAAUCAUAUUCCACCAUCCCAAACUGAUCAAAAGCUUGGGAGCUCAGAUGUAAAGUAUGAAUAUGACUUGUCUGUCAAUGGACAAGCCAUUCGUUCAGACUAUCUGGAUCAUAUGAACCAAGGGGCAGAGCCCAAUUCUGUGAUAUCAUCAUCUUCUGGGAAAGCUCAGGUUGAUGAGUCAAUUAAUGCAAGUUACCUUGUGGACUCCCAACCUGAGCCAGCCAUGCCGCAGGCCUCUUCACAAUUUCAUGGUGCUUUAAGAUUGAGCUCUGAACCCAAGGAACAAAAUAUUCUGAAUAUGAAUAAUCAUGUGCAAGAGGAUCAAAUCCAAACAGCGAAGGAAACAAGUACUGCAGCUGCUGCUGCUGCCAGUCCAUCUCAUGAUACUUCACUGCAUUCUGUUAAUUUCUGUGAAACGACAAUAAAAAAUGGAACUGGUGCUAUUUUGCCUGAAAAGCCGGUCUCAACUGGCCAGACUAAUAACCUGAUAUCAGCUAAGACUUCAGAGACAGCUCUGCUUGAUGAGAGGUCUUUGUUGGCUUGCAUUGUUCGCACGAUUCCAACUGGUGGCAAAAUUCGGAUCAGUUCCACGCUACCAAAUAGGUUGGGGAAAAUGCUUGCACCUUUACACUGGCAUGAUUACAAGAAGAAGUAUGGAAAGCUGGAUGACUUUGUAGCCGGUCACCCUGCGUUGUUUCUGAUUGAGGGCGAUUAUAUUCGGCUUCGAGAGGGAGCACAAGAAAUGAUAGCAGCCACUGCUGCUGUUGCUAAAGUUGCUGCAGCAGCUGCAGCCUCAUCUCCUUACUCCUCGAUUCUGCCUUCUGUUGCUGUUACUCCAAUGGCACAACCUAACCGACUAAAGAAGGGUCUCCCAACAGCUGACUCCAACCAUGCGAAGAAUGAGAAUGCUGCUUUCAAGGGGUAUGCAGUUAUCUCCAAAACUGCAGCUGGUGAUCAUUCACAGCUGUCAGGAAUGCAGAAUCAACAUCCCAAUGGUGUUUCUUUUGGAGUGGCUGGAAAUCUCUCAAAUGUAAAAAUAUUGAGCAAAUCUAAUGGAGCAAAUUCUGAGAGAUCAAGUCUGAAAAAUGUUGAAAGGCAGGCCUCUGGUCAGGGAAGGUCUAAUUCUAAUUUUGCUGGAAAACAGCAGGGCAGGGCAACUGGGGCAGCUUUAUCUUCUAGAAGAUAGUGAGUGCAUUUGUCUUACUUGGAGUUGUUUGACUGUGAUUCACUGAAUUGCUAUGCUAAGUUGUGGGAUACUCAUGAUGUGGUUUGGAAGCGUCUUGGGAUAAUGAUUUGUAGUGAAAUGUAUCUCUUGAUUAUGGUCAUCAGUAGCAUCUGAGAAAAUUCUGUGAUUGGAUGGAUCACAUAAGUUGACUAUUUAAAUUGUUUUGUGCCAUAAGGCCCUGCCUGUUUUCCCUAAAA